GCCGCGCCUUCCCCGCCCAGCUGGACGUCAGCGCCGCGCGACGCGGGCCGCGACCCUCUCGUGGCCAGCGGGAUCCGAACUGCUGACCAGCGAAGUUGGUCCACGGUGACAGCGGCGGGCAGGCAGCCGGAGGAGUCCUCCGUCCCGGGACUCGGUGAAGACCAGCGGGACCGAGUGCGCCCCGUGCGGCCUCCCCGCGGCGUGCGCUGGCUGACGUCAGGACCCGCCUGUUCCGACCGUGGGAUUCGCAGCCCAUUGCAUCCUAAAGGCCGCUCUGUGUGCCUUUCCGGCAGCGGCUAGGUGGAGAGCAGGGCCGGCGGCUGACCCCUGCGCGUGUCCCCGGGGCUCUGAGGAGGAAUGGCAGCUGCGGGCAGCCCGCUGGGCCUGCUGUGGCGCACUGCCAUGAAGACGGCUGCCCCCAGGCCCCGUGGCCUGCACGUGUCCCCCUGGUGGGCGGACAGCAGCAGGGCCUCUCUCUCUCGCCUGCGUCGCCAGGCCUACGCGCGCCUCUACCCCGUGCUGCUGGUCAAGCAAGAUGGCUCCACCAUCCACAUCCGCUACAGGGAGCCGCGCCGCAUGCUGCUGAUGCCCCUGGACCUGGACACCCUGUCUCCCGAGCAGCGCCGGGCCCGGCUCCACAAGCGUGGGGCUCAGCUCCGACCCAAGGAGGAGGACCCAGAGCUGGCCGAUGACUUUGAUGUGGAGCGUUACAGACGGUUUUGGACCCAGAAGUGAAAUGUGACUCAGAGCUGUCUGCCUGUGUGAUGAGGACCGCAGGGUGCCUGUCUGUAUAUGAUGCGUUUCCAAGCCA